AUGACUCAGCCUGAGCCCAAGGCCAAGAGCCUCUCUGAGGGCGCUCACAAGCUCCAGCCAACGGAGAUCGGACCCCCACCUGGCUGCAGCAGCAGAGACUGUGAGCUGCUGGAUUUAGACAGUCUUUGCCUGGGCAGUUCUGAGAUUCCUUCUGCAGUAGCUGAUCAAGAAUGGGAUUCCUAUGCCACCACGAUGAAGUUGGCAUUCACACCCAAAAGAGGAGCCAUGACUGCUUCGAUUCGUCAUAAAGGUAACCGAAGAUUAGGAUUCACAUACUCACUUAGUGAUCCUCUGAAUCAGACACUGUACAAAGAUGAGUACGUUUGGAAAUCCCCUUCUAAUGACAGUGUGUUAACAAAGACAGAUCAAUCUCAACCUGAUAAGGACUUUAUUAAGUGGACCCUCCCUAAAGGACGUCUGAGGACAAAAACAACACCUUGCCCCCCGCCUAGGACAAUCCCAAUAUCCAUGGAGGAUGUGAAGAGGGCAGUAUCCAAUCAGUUUCUUUCCCAAACUAAGAGAGACUUUGUGGAUGUUUUUAAAGCUCAGAGCAUGAAGGAAAGUCGCCCAGUGAUUCUGGAUUGGAAAAAGCACCUUCCCCGACCUCUAGAUACUGAGUUUCGAAGGAGUUACCAAACUCCAGCUAAAAUUCCAGAGCUGCAGGAUUUUAGUUUCCAGUAUGGAUGUUACUCGCGCCUGCGGAUUGCUUCUCAGGGUCUAGUCCCUACCAUGCUGCACAGCUACCUUAAUAAUGAACAACGCAUAAAGAAGCAGACAUCCUACCAGCGUGACUAUGGGAAAGCCUACCUGGACUUCUUGAUGAUGUUAAACUCCUUUUCUCCCUCUCAAGUCAGUGAGUACCUGCAGAGUGUUUCCGAAAAAGAUAGACGAAUUCUUGAACGCUUUAUUCAUUCGUACUGUCACCCUGGUAAGAAAAAUCAUGGAAACCACAGGAAGAUUAUCAGCGCAUCCAUGGAAGCUCCAGAAUCUAUCUAG